AUGGGAAUACCUAUCCAUGCGCAGACUGUAACAGUUAUAACAGAUGUGACAGCAACGACGGAGGCUACGGGAUCAACGAGGAUAGAAGGGACACGUCCUGCCGAGGAAACAAGCGCACCAGGUGCAUCAACAAAUGGGCCUAUAAUAGCAGAUGGGGCAACAUCGCCUAUACCAGCAACUGGGAUAACCGCGUCUACACCAGCAGAUGAGACAACCGCAUCUACACCAGCAGAUGAGACAACCGCGUCUACACCAGCAGAUGAGACAACCGCGUCUUCACCAACAACUGGGAUAACCGCGUCUACACCAGCAGAUGAGACAACCGCAUCUACACCAGCAGAUGAGACAACCGCGUCUACACCAGCAGAUGAGACAACCGCGUCUUCACCAGCAGAUGAGACAACCGCAUCUACACCAGCAGAUGAGACAACCGCGUCUACACCAGCAGAUGAGACAACCGCGUCUUCACCAGCAACUGGGAUAACCGCGUCUACACCAGCAGAUGAGACAACCGCAUCUACACCAGCAGAUGAGACAACCGCGUCUACACCAGCAGAUGAGACAACCGCGUCUUCACCAGCAGAUGAGACAACCGCAUCUACACCAGCAGAUGAGACAACCGCGUCUACACCAGCAGAUGAGACGACCGCGUCUACACCAGCAGAUGAGACAACCGCAUCUACACCAGCAGAUGAGACAACCGCGUCUACACCAGCAGAUGAGACAACCGCGUCUUCACCAGCAGAUGAGACAACCGCAUCUACACCAGCAGAUGAGACAACCGCGUCUACACCAGCAGAUGAGACAACCGCGUCUUCACCAGCAGAUGAGACAACCGCAUCUACACCAGCAGAUGAGACAACCGCAUCUACACCAGCAGAUGAGACAACGGCAUCUACACCAGCAGAUGAGACAACCGCGUCUACACCAGCAGAUGAGACAACCGCGUCUACACCAGCAGAUGAGACAACCGCGUCUACACCAGCAGAUGAGACAACCGCGUCUUCACCAGAAGAUGAGACAACUGCAUCUACACCAGCAGAUGAGACAACCGCGUCUACACCAGCAACUGGGAUAACCGCGCCCACAUUAGCAGAUGAGACAACCGCAUCUACACCUGCAGAUGAGACAACCGCAUCUACACCAGCAGAUGAGACAACCGCAUCUACACCAGCAGAUGAGACAACCGCGUCUACACCAGCAGAUGAGACAACCGCGUCUACACCAGCAGAUGAGACAACCGCGUCUACACCAGCAGAUGAGACAACCGCGUCUUCACCAGCAGAUGAGACAACCGCAUCUACACCAGCAGAUGAGACAACUGUGUCUACACCAGCAACUGGGAUAACCGCGUCUACACCAGCAGAUGAGACAACCGCGUCUACACCAGCAGAUGAGACAACCGCGUCUUCACCAGCAGAUGAGACAACCGCAUCUACACCAGCAGAUGAGACAACCGCGUCUACACCAGCAGAUGAGACAACCGCAUCUACACCAGCAGAUGAGACAACCGCGUCUACACCAGCAACUGGGACAACCGCGUAUACAGCAGCAGAUGGGACAACAGCAUCUACACCAGCAAAUGGGACAAUCACGUAUACAGCAGCAGAUGGGACAACCGCGUCUACAGCAGCAGAUGAGACAACCGCGUCUACACCAGCAGAUGAGACAACCACGUCUACACCAGCAGAUGAGACAACUGCGUCUACACCAGCAACUGGGACAAUCGCAUAUACUGCAGCAACUGGGACAACCGCGUCUACACCAGCAACUGGGACAAUCGCAUAUACAGCAGCAACUGGGACAACCGCGUCUACAGCAGCAGAUGAGACAACCGCGUCUACACCAGCAGAUGAGACAACCACGUCUACACCAGCAGAUGAGACAACCGCGUCUACACCAGCAACUGGGACAACCGCAUCUACACCAGCGACUAGGACAACCCCGCCUUCACCAGCAACUAGGACACCAGAACCACCUACAAAACUGGCUACGCAAGCACCUGGUAAUGAAACAGAGCCCACAACUGAAACACCACCUCUCAAGGAGUUCGAGGGUGAUAUAAAGAUCCUGCUAAUUGAUGGAUUCGAAGCUGUGUUUAAGCCCGACUACGAGAAGCCAGAAUCAAUACUUUACAGGAAUUUGAGCGACAAAGUUUGCACCGCGGUCGACGCUGCCCUGGAAAACUCGGAUGCUGGAAGCAGUAUCGCGGACUGCUCUGUCUCUGAAUUCAGGAAAGGAAGCAUUGUGGCUACAUUUCUGAUGAAAUUUCCACCGGAAACGAAAGACAUCUCUGUGGAACUAACGAAGAGCUUAAAGGAGGCUUUCAACAACUCAGAUGACGAACGGUUUACUGCCCUCACUGUUGAUCCGUCAUCCAUCACAGUUAAAGAAUAUUUUCCGAACACAGAUCCACCCCAAAAGGAAGACCCGGGUCUGUCCGCGGGGGCCAUCGCCGGCAUUGCGGUCGGUGGUGUCGCCGCUGCUGUCAUCAUUGUCGUGGUCAUCGUCCUUGUUGUGAAGAAAAUGGGACGAUCAGCCAAGGUCGAGGACGUGGAGGAACAGGAGCUGACUCGGCCGUCGUCUCGCGGCAACAGCUCGCCGCCUCGCGGCAACAGCCCACCGCCUGACCAGGUUUCCAACGCGUCGGACAAGUCAUCUUGA